CCACGCUGGUCGAAUAGCUCAACUUACGCCUGUAACUGGCCCCUCACAAGAAACUCGUUGUACAUCGACGCUUGUUCAUUGACGGUCCUGUUGAAGGCCUAGGCACAAAUGUCACUCGUCAGCCCACAACCAUCCUCAGCGGAUCCUUUCCAACUCGAGCGACUCGCAGAGGAACUUGUUUCUCGGGAAACCUUCAAUAAUGAGGAUGCCGUUCACGACUUGCCAGAAUACGUUCCGCUUUCACACGACAAUCCAUAUCUGACCGCCGAAACUUUCGACGUGGAGGAGUUCCUCUUGUCUAGAUCCCAUACAUCUCUCCAAGACUUGAAAGCAGAACUACGCGAUUAUCUUUCAUCACUGAAGGAAGAACUUGUGCAGCUUAUCAAUGACGAUUAUGAAUCAUUCAUCAGUUUGAGCACUGAUUUAAAAGGGGAGGAUGUCCGAUUAGCCAGCCUUCAAGCGCCACUCGCAGGUCUAAAGCAAGAAAUACAGAUUUCUAAAGCUGAUUUACGUGCGAUACAAACCACGCUUGAGGAGAAAUUGAGGAAGAGGGCCGCACUCAGAGAAGAAAAGGCACUACUUCAUUUGCUGUUGAAAAUAUCGGAAUCUGUGCUGCGCUUGGAAACACUAUUACUCAUAUCGUCAUCCGACAGCUCCGAAAUGGAUGGUAUCCAACCUGUGAAUCCUAAUCAAGAACACCCGGAGGAAAGAGAAGGAAACCGUGCCAAACAUCUCAGUCGUGUUGCAGCCGAAUACACACAACUUUUGUACCAUGCGAACAAGGCGCGGACUGAAAGAUGCCUCUUUGUAGAUGAAAUUCAAUGGAGGAUCGAUCGUAUACAAUCAACCAUAUCCUCCGACCUUGACCAUCUCUUUGGCACGACGUUGGUACUUCUGACAGAGAAGAAGGGCGAAAGCGAGAAGUCCAAGGCGAUCACAGAUCUGACCGAAUGUCUGAAGACAUAUGAUAUGUUGGGUCUUUGGAGGGAUGCUGAAGACGUUAUGAGGCGAGAGGUCGUCCGUCCCUUUAUCAAAAAGACAAUUUUCUCCGGAACAUUGAGCGCCCCCCAUUCGCCACUACUCCCUCAUACACCAGCUCCCCAGGCAAAAACACCAGCUUUCAUUUCCUCGACAAGAACACCAUACACCCCUUUUACGUCUAGAGUGUUCCAUCCUCCCCAUUCGCAAGGGAAAGGUACUUCACCCUAUGCGUACAUUCUGGAUGAAAGUAAAGAUCCACUGGCUGCUCUCUACUCCCAAAUAUUGCGCUUUGUUGAAAGAGAACUAAGCGGGAUCAUGGAUAUCGCUGAAAAGGUUUCUCUGAAAUCUUUGUCGUCUAGAAAGCCAGAUAAAGGCGGCUCAUUUACACCUCGGUCUGGUAUCCUAGUGAAGACGUUGAAUGAGAGUGAGAGUGAAGGAACGCGCGGCUUUGAACUACUUGGGAACGUAGUUUGGGAAGAAUUCGGGCGAGCAAUCAUGGAUGAAUUGGGGAAUUUUGUGUUUGCCUCCGGUAGACCGAAUGAGUUCAAGCAGCAUCAUGAAAUCACCCAAGCAUUUAUAAGAUCGCUCGAGUUUCUGGCACCUUCGGUCUAUUCCAUUGAAAAUAUGAGGAGACAUCCAAUAUAUGUCGCCUUUGAGAAUCGUUGGCAACUCUCUGUUUACUUCCAGAUACGGUGGAAGGAGAUUGUUGGUAAGGUGGAAGAAUCACUGGCAGAGGGAGAAGUUGACCUGAGUGAGAAUUAUCCAACGAAUAGUUUCCAAACUACUCAGGCGUCCGAUAUCUGGAUUGCCAUCACCGCUUGUUGGAGCGCCGAGGUCUUUAUUCCCGAACUUAGCCAUAGGUUUUGGAAGUUGACGCUUCAGUUACUCAGCCGAUAUAAACGGUGGCUGGAAGAGACAGUGAUAACAAGUCAUAGCACGCGGCCAUCUACGAUAGUUAACGAGAAGAUAUCUGCCUCGAGAUCAUCCACACCAGUUCCUACACCCGAUUCAACUUCUAAUGAAAAUGCCGCAGCGGAUGACGCCACCUUACGAACAUGUGCCGCUGUCAUCACGGAUAUCCAGACUAUACAGAGAAGUACCAUGACAUUAUGGAACGAAGAAAUCUCGAUGAUGCUUCCAGGCGCUCAUGCGGAAGAUGACGAUGGGGUCAGUGCUGAACUCGCCUUACGGAGGGCUGUCGAUUCACUUGCAGGGUUAGUGACACCAUUGUCGAAAAUUAUUGUGUCUGUCCUGUCCAGGCGCGCUUGCGAUGCUUUGCUUCCCGUGCGGUCGAUACCCUCUCAGUUGCGAGCAAUGUCCAACAAACGACCUCCGUCCGAAGCAAGCCCAUUUGUGGCCACAAUCAUGCGACCAGUCAAAGCUUUCUUUGGGGUAACUGGCACUGGUGAAUCUGUGGGUGUAUCGUUGAAGAACGAGUUCCUGGUGCAAUACUCAAGUGAAGUGUUUGAAGAAGUUUGCCAAAAAUACGUCUCAUAUAUCACUGCAAUUAAAAAGGCGGAAGAUUCCCUCAAGCGUUUUAAGAUCGGCAAGAAGAAAACGUUUUCACUGUUUGGUUCCAAAGAUGACGAAAACCACGAGAGUCGUGAUGAGGAGCGGAUUAGACUCCAACUCAUGCUGGAUGUGGAAGCAUUCGAAAAAGACGGACAAUCAUUGGGGAUCAAUCUGGAAGACAGCCCUUCCUUUAAAUCUCUCAGUGAACUUGUCGAAGUGAGUGAAUUACCGGAGGCAUGAGUCCCUUACACCUCCCUGCACUAUUCAUAUCUAUUCAUGUUUAAUAUCCUGGACGUCUAAUUAGAAGAAUUAUUAACCUAAUCAUGAUCCCUGUGGGAAACAGCUAGUGUGAUGAAUAGAUCCUGUCCGUGAAACAACAAAUUGUACACGCUCAACCUGCUCAUCAGAGGGAAGCGCAGAUGGA